ACAAUAAAAAAUGAAUUAAAUUAAUUUAAAUUCAAUUCAGCCCCAAAAAAAAUCAUAAACCGUAGCCACGCAUCAAUUUCUCUAUGGCAGAGGUUUCCAAUCUCCACCGGCGCCGGCAGUCACCGCCGACAUACCGGCGAUCCAUCGCGACUACCAUUGUCUCCCACCUAGAAGAAGCCGUGCACGAGGAAGAGGAAUUCUUCAAUCAGCCGCAUCCAUUCGUCUUCGAUUCAUUCUCCCCACCGCACAAUUCCUCAAAUCCCUCUUUCUUCGAUGACUACGCGACGUCGUUCGAUCUAGGGUUCAAUUUGAACUCAGAGCCCGAGAAUCCGGGGGGUUGCGAGUACGAGGACCCCAAUAGCUUCUUCUUCGGGGGCGAAGAAGACGACGACCAGAUGAAUUACGUCACAGAUCUGUUCGAGCCACGCCACCCGCACCCGGCGGAGGAUCUGAUUUGGGAGCUCGAUUCGCGCCGGGUGGAGGAUCCGGGCAUGGAAUUCGGAUUCGGACCGGGUCUGCGGGUUGUCAGCAUGGAUUCGGAGUCGGAUACCGAGGAAUUCGAGGUAAAUGUUGGCUUUACUAACGAUGAUGACGAUGAUGACGACGAUGAUAGUUUGUUUGGGGUUAGGAAUCAUAGGUAUUACGCUGGUGACAAUAAUAGAGAGGAAUUUGAAUGGGAGGAGGUUAGUGAGAGGGUUCAAUUUGAUGAGAGGGAGAAUUUGAAUAUGGUGAUUAAUCGAAUCGAAGAAAUCUCGGUUUCAUCCAAUAUUUCCUCCUCGGAUAUUGAUAGUUCGGAUUUAGGUGGUGGUGAUGGUGAAGGUGUAGAGGUAGGGCGUAAUAUCGGGUGGGAAGUGCUGUUGGCAGUCAAUAACCUAGAGAGAAAUCUCGAAUUCGAGAUUCCUGGAGAAAACAGCAUCAUCAAUGGGGGUGAAGGUGAAUCUCUUCCGCAUACUAAUCUUCCAGAUGAUUAUAUCUUGACAAUGGAAUACGAUGCCCUUUUCGGGCAGUUGGUGGAGAAUGACAACACGUCGAAAGGCAGCCCCCCGGCUGCAAAAUCUGCGGUCGAGAAGCUGCCUUCGUUGGUGCUGACAAAGGCAGAUGUUGGGCAGAACAAUAGCGUGGUCGUGUGUGCUGUUUGUAAGGAUGAGUUUGCGAUUGGUGAGAAGGUGACUCGGAUGCCUUGUUCCCAUCUCUACCAUGGGGACUGCAUUCUGCCGUGGCUUAGUAUGAGGAACACGUGCCCUGUGUGCAGGCACGAGUUGCCAACGGAUGAUGCUGACUACGAGAGGAGGAAAGGCGGGAGAGGAAGGGUUCGUAGUGGAAAUGCUGCUAGCUUGUUUGAUGAUUUUGAGGUCAGGUACAAUUUUGAAAUUCUGCCUUGAAAAGGCACAUUAGAAUAUGGGUUAGAGACUCCAUCUUUGUUUUCUGGUAUGUUUAAAUUUCAUCCACGUGUAUUUAUUUACAAGUAUUGAGGUGUUGAUAGGGCAUUUGCAAGUUAUAUAGAUCCUUGGCUGAGUAUGAAACUACCUUGUAAUAUUCAGCAUUAGGAGAAGGAGAUAUCAGUCAUAGAGACUAGUCAGUCGGAGGCAUGAUCUUGUAGGGUCUUCUUGGUGCUAUCGAACUUAAUGAAUAAUUUUUCAAUACGAUAUUAGUGAUCGGAAAACAGAACAGCUUGAUAACUUGUGGAAUUGGUGGGUUAUCAGUUUGGAAAAUAGUGUAGGACUAAGUUGCAGAAUUUUCAGUUGAGCAGAGCUAUGAACUAUCGCGUUGCUGGUGGCUGGUGAAAUAAUUCAAGGUUGCAUUCUUUCAUUUCAAACUAUCAUGUUUAGCUUUUUGGCAUAGCUCAAUAGUUCCCGGCCUUCUGCAUAUACUUGGGAUCAUGGUUAAGGCUAGUUUUUAUUGCUAGCAGUUGUGUUUCAUAUGGAUUGCGAGUCUCUCUGUUUAUACAUUAGAGACAUAGUUUACAACAUUGUAUAUGAUAUACACCAAACAUUCCCUUUUUGAAUAAAUCCAAUAUCAUUUGCUUUUGCCAGAUAA